CAUCCAGUUCGCUCUGUUCUCUCUGUACUCUUUACAUCUGGCAAGGGCCAAUUAGGUGGAGGUGGGCUGCAGCAAGCGCAGGACCAUUUAACUUCUUCCUUUUUGCUCUUUUUCAAAUCGGAUUUCACCCCGAGGUCGUUCGCCCCGCUGUUUCUGCUUCCUUGACUACGACCUUCUAUACUUUGUCAUGAUUCCGUCUUCCAGUCAAGCCGAGGGCUUGUCAAGCGUGUCUUCCAGACCAGACUGCGCUGAGCAAAACAACAACCAGAAUCUUCCCAAUAAGCGCCCCCGCAGGCUUUCCGAUGACCAAUACAUUCACCCUGGCCCAAGCCCAUCAGGCCAGAACAAGUUUCCGACAACAUCGAGCAGCAGAAUAAUUGAAGGCUCACUUAGAAGCAACCAAAAUGCUCCCGGGAUCAAGAUAAUCUUCCCUCAACACACCGAAGAAACGUUCGGAAAAUACACUCAGGACCAGGGCCCAGCUGUUGUGCCCAUGCACCGAGAAUUUUCGCAUGGUGACGCCCGGUUCACGCACAUUGGGGAAUUAGGUCGCGGCAGUUCUGGUACCGUUGACAAAGUCGAGCCAAGUGGUGGCAUAUUUCUUCCCGGCAAAAUCUACGCACGGAAAGCGUUCACCAUAAGGCGCCGCCAGUCCACGUCCCACGAACUCGCCCUGCUCGAUAUGGCACGAACACUUCUACACCCGAACAUUCUCACAACAAUCAUGACUUACGAGGAGGAGCGUGACGCCCACAGCUCACAGUACGGCAUAAUUUUGAAUCCAGUGGCGGAUUGCACGCUUCGAGCCUUCUUAGAAAGGGAAGAUGGGGCCAGCGACAUUGGGGAAGCCGCUGCAAAACGCGUGGCAAAGUGGCUGGGCUGCUUGGGAAGCGGAUUAAGCUAUCUACAUGCCAAAAACCUAAUUCAUCGACGAAUUUCGCCAUUAAGCAUUCUAAUAAGAGGGGGAGAAAUAUUUUUUGCCGAGUUUGCCAUCUCAAAUCACUUUAAAGCAACGGAAAGAUUGGUUGAGGACUCUUCGAGGGCAAAUGCGAUCUGGGAGGUAUACCAGGCGCCGGAAGCCCAGACACAGCAGCUGUUGGGCACGAAAGCUGAUAUAUUCUCCUUAGGAUGCGUUUUCAUUGAGCUACUAACAUCCGCCUCUAGGAUGCCGCUCAAGACCCUCCAGGAUUCGAUCCGACAACAACCUUUCCCAACUUACCGCCACUGGAUCCCAAAAACUCUGGACUGGCUUGCUCAAAUCCAGAGCCAGCUCACACUCCCCACUCUCCGUCGCUUCAGCCCAUACUGCGAGAAUAUGCUCAAAUUGAAUCCAAGUACCCGCCCAUCUGCUUUCGCAGUCACAAGGUUCUUAUUCGAUUCCAACCCGAAGCUUUCAGAAGGGUUUGAAGCGACGAAAUCAGUCUGCGACUGCCUUUUACCUUGGUUGGGCAAGUUUGACGAACAGUGCAGAGUAUUGAUCUCACUACCGGAAACAAGCCGCAGCGCCCUGGGUCCAGAUGCAUUGCUGCCGCCGGGCCGAUACCAAUUACCUACGGACUCCCUUACAAGAAACAAAACUUGUUCUUACUGUCCCCAAACGUUCGACAACCCCUUAGAUGUUCUCUUUCACGUGGCUACACAGCACCGUGACAAAACUGUUCGGGACGAAAGCUUGGUUUGUACUUAUGGCGAAUGUGCCGGUAGACCCCCAUUCCUAGACGAGCGUCAAUAUGAAGAUCAUCAACACAACUUUCAUCGCGAAGGUUUCCCUCAAACAUCAGACGAUACACGCCAAGGUACAUCUCGCGACGCAUUCCAAGGGAGGAUGGAAACGUGAGGACCAAGAUCCGGGACCGGAUGUAAUGUCAGAGACAAACCUGAAGGGCGAAUCUACGUUAUGUUCGAUUUCUAGGUGUAAUAUAGGUGUACUCUCGGAGACAUUGGAUUUGCGGUGGAUGAAACUGGGACAUUUGCAGCCCGCAAGCGAGCAUUGUCUGAGUGUGGAUUUUGGGUGAUGAUCCCUUGUCUGUUGCGUGGCCGCCGAUUCGAUAUUCACCGCUGAGAAGACGUAGCAUGCACGGAGUAAGGCAGUGGAGAUAAUGACUGGUGAAGUCUAUGAGAGUAAAUUCGGC